GUGUGACCGGCAAGCUGUGCUGGUACCAGAAGAGCGUGUACAACCCGUUCCAGAGUGUGUACGACAAGGUGCCCACCAGUGAGGAGUGUCAGUGGGGAUGCUGCAAUCACAGAAACACACCGUGCUGCUCCGCACCUCUAAGUCUGAUCGUAGGCAGUGCCCUGGGUGGGGCGCUGCUUUUAGCGGUGCUUCUGAUUAUCGUCUGCUGUUGCUGCUUUUGCCGGAAGCAGACUAGACAGGAAGAGAGAAGGAGGGGGACAGCCAUCACACAGCAGACAAGUGUUGUAUUUCAUUCCGCUGGGAGCGGAAACAACGAAGAGCUGGACACCACCUUUGACCCACCGCCAUCUUACGAGGAAGUGAUGAGAGGUGAAGUCAAUCAAGGAUUCAAGCCCGACACAAGCUGAAGUUGGAAUUUAGAGAAACCCAACAAAAAUAAACACGCCCAUUACUUUCUGUUCUGUACAAACAAUCACAGUUGUGGCGAAAUAUAUGUUGUCAACCUGAAAACAAACAGCUCAAAAGGGGAAGACGCUUGUCCUCAUAUCAGUUUUAUGAAGAACGGAGGGGUAAAAAAAUUUGACAAUUUAGUAGAUAUAAUUACAGAAUGUAUGUGGUUUGAUCUUUGAAAGUACGUUUAGUUCAGUUUUAGUAAAAGAAAACAGAUCGGCACAAUAGCGUCCAUAUAGUGCUAAAUUUAGAUAACUCUGAUGGCAUGCUGCUUCGACCGUGGCAGUCAAAUCGCAGAGGGUCGAGCGGGACACCAGAAGAAUCUGGGCAUAACUGUCGAAGCGUCACAAUUAUAAGCACCCUUCAACGUUGGGUAAGUGUCAAUCUCAUUCGAGUCCUUGGAAUAUCCUAUUAGUGAUACUGUGCUUUUUUCCCCUUAAAAAUCCGAAAUUGUAUCCGAUUAAACCCGUUUCAACACUGUACGGUUAUUUUAAGCAGCGGGACCUCCAAACUUAAAGCCUGUCUUUGAU